AUGGGCAUACUCACAGGCUGUACUGUAACGCACAUCACAUCCUCUAUAGCCCAUGUCGCCGCAGCACCCACUUCACUCUUUACCAACACAAAUUUAAAUCAAGACAUACCCAUACCAUUGGGGAUUUUUAUCGGACUACUCGCAUCUUUCGUCCAAAGCCUUGGUCUUGCGAUCCAGCGUCGUAGCCAUGUUCAUAACUCGCAGCUUCAAGAACAAGACCAGAAAGUAGAACACCGUCGACCAUUAUGGCUGAUAGGAUUCGCUAUCUUUUUGAUAUCUAAUGUGUUUGGAUCUUUCGUACAAAUAGCAUCUCUUCCGGUCGUCAUACUGGCACCCCUGGGCGCCGUUUCUCUCCUUUGGAAUGCCCUCUUCGCUAAUCUCCUCCUUCGUCCACGAAUGCUCCUGGGAACAGCUCUCAUCGCUGGUGGCGCUGCCUUGAUUGCUAUCUAUGGCAUCGUUCCUGAAACCACGCGUAGUCUCGACGAAUUAAUGGCACUUUUCGCGCGUCCUGCAUUUAUAGGCUGGUUCUGUGCCGAAGGUUUCAUCCUACUCGUGUGCCUUAUCGUGACCCACGGUAUUGAAUAUUCUUACAAGAGACAACUGGAAGCCGCAGCCUAUUCAUUGUUGCAGGCCAACCAUGACUCACCCCUGUCGUCUUCUUGCACCUCCGCGCAUGGUUCUCCCACACCGCUACCUCCCACACGCAUACAACAAUCUAAUCCAUCCACUGGUCCAACUGAGGAACAAGUCAAUGGCAGCUUUUCAUCUGAGAUAACACCACUGCUCGAUCCAAAAUCCGGCCGCCUUCCAUCUACCAAAUCUACCCUACACAAUUCAAAGUCCUCAUCACCGUUACGCGUACCACUUCCUGGCAGAACCCCGCUUCUUCUUGCCCUCGCAUAUGCUGCAGCUUCAGGGACGUUGUCUGGGCUUUGUUUGAUUUUCGCAAAGUCUGGUGUUGAACUUCUUGUCCUCACAUUCCGCGGCGUCAAUCAAUUUUUUAGAUGGGAGGCAUGGAUUCUUGUUGGUGGACUCAUUAUUUUUGCUCUGGGACAACUUUGGUACCUUAAUCGUGGUCUGAGGCUUGCAGAUCCUGCAUUUGUCUGCCCAUCUGCCUUUUGUUUUUAUAACUUUUCAUCGAUUAUCAAUGGCCUGGUUUACUUCGACCAGCUGGGACAACUCCCAGGGUGGCACCUUAUCCUCGUCAUAGUCGGCAUGUUCGUUCUUCUUGCUGGGGUUUGGGCAGUCAGUGCCCAAGCCAACGUCGAUGAAUGCGAUACAGCAACUGAAUCUGACGUUGAAGACCAAGCAGUACUCAACAGCAGAAGCGCAACUCCCGAAACAAACCCCUCGCCACACUACCCUUCGUAUGCAAGUACUGCCGUUGGUCCCCAGGGUUCAUCUCUCUCUGGGUCAAUUGCGCCUCCUAUGGACCGCCGGGUGCGGUCGGAGGGCGCUGUUUUCCCCCAGAGCCCCGUCUCCUUGCACACCCUCAGCGCAUCAUCUUCACAGCUUUCACCUCCCUUUACAGCCCAUCAGACAGGUAUCUCCCCACCCCUACCAGGCACCUCCCGCUCAUCACGUCAGCACCCCACCAUUAUCGAUCCAUCUGCAUCUAUGCGUACUAUGGCCUCAUCUUUACAUCAGCAGCAAUCAUCGAGCGUAUUGUCUCCUACGGGAUUGACAAUAGGUCUCUCACCAGUCAGCCCUGGAUUCGGGCUUCUCCCUUCCACAAGAACUUCUAGGCGUAUCAGUGGAGGACUUGGCUUUGCAGUUGUCGUCAAUGAGACCAUGUCUUUGGCUGAUACUGCGGGUGGCCGGAGGUGGACUGUGAGUGAGGGACAAGGGAGACACUCGGAAGAAGCUCGGGACGGGAGAGUGUUGAGCGAUCAUCGCUCCGAACUCUUAGAGCAGGACGUGGAAGAGGGCGAUGGCACUGCUGGUGAAACACGCAGAACGGGAAGGCAAUGGAUGUGGCUAAGAGACAUUUUCUUGGGGCGGAACGCUAGACCUAGAUAA